UCAGAGUCAAAUAUACAAUGAAAAUGUCAAAAUAUUCACUUUUGAUCAGUGAAAAUUUUUAACUUUUGUAAAUAUUAAAAAUAGUGAAUUAUUCUUAUAAACAUAAGAUAAAAUAUAAAAAGGUUAUUGUUAUUUAAUUUGUAAUCUGGUUUUAGACACUUUAAAAAUCUAUUAUAGUAUUUGUGACCCUUCAUAAACGUGAUAGUAUGUUGAAAUUCGGAGCCUUAGUGUCGUGGAGGUUAGGAACCCGUUCAGCUAUUCGAAACUUAUCAGGCCCCGGCGCCACUGUAAUUCAGUCUGAAAAAUCUGAUCAUCUCAAGGAUGUUACUGGCAAAGAUGAUGAAUUUGAAUUGGCAGACGAGAGAGCUAGAACAGGCCUUGUAGCAGCUGCAUUUGCUACAUUAAACACACCAGAAAGUGAAUUAAAAAAAUCAAGUGUAAAGUCUGUUAGGCUUUCUCGAUCUCAGCAGUUAGACACUCUAAUAAUAAAAGCGACAGACAUAAAUAGCCUUCUGUCAGUGGCUGAAAACCCAAUAGUGUCAAGAAAACAUGCUUUAAAGAUGGUUUCAGUUCUAUCCGAAUGGUCAAGUACUAAUCGGGUGAAAUUAUCAGAUUUUGAAAAAGACCCACGAUUUCUAAAGUUGUGUCGAAUUCUGGCACGAACUCCAGCCAGCCAUGCGAUGACUUCACUGACCAUGGCGGAAGAUCUGAGUACGGUGUUAGGUAUAACUGGAGACGACGAAGCGGCCAGACUUAUUGGUAAUUUGUCACUGUCACAAAUGAUUAAGGUGAUGAAAGCCCUUCAGCAAAAAGGUCGUCGAAGCACUCCAUUACUGCGCGCUCUGUCCUACAAUAUCACCAAACAGCCAGACAACAUCGAUUUAAAGAAGUCGGCGGAUUUACUGUUCUCUAUGGUAUCCUUAAAUUUCCCUGACCCCGUAUUAUUGGACAGGAUUUGCAGCGAAGUCAUAAAGAAUCUACCGACGAACGUAGAAAAACCGGCGGUGGUGAAUUCAAUAUUGGUGUCGCUGGGGCUCCUCAAGUACAGACACGAGGAAGCCCUGACGGCCCUCGUGGACUGGAUGCGGACCAAUAGAGCCGUUUGUAGACCGAGCGACAUCGCAUCGGCCGUGGUGACUCUGGCCAACGUGAACUACGUUCCGCCUCACUCGGAGGGCUUCCUAGAGGCCGCGCUCUCGCUCAAGGAAGACGAGAUGACGAAGGCUCUCUCGUGGCUGGACCUCGUCUUCUCUCUGCUGGUCCUCGAGAGGGCCGAGAUGCAUCAUCUCACUUCCGCGUUGAGGCCGGAGUUCAUCGACAAACUGUUGUCUCUCGGAGAAAUUUCGAUUCCUUCCCGCCGCAAACUGAUGGCGAUAGACGCGUACGUGGCGGCGACGCGGCCGGACGCGCCCCGCCUCCCCGAAGACAUAGCGGUGGGCGUGGCCAUCGUGCACACGAGGGAGAAGGCGCUCUUCGUGCAGAGCGUCAUGGACACGUUCAAGAGUCUGGUCUCGGCGGACACGUUUCUGAAGAGGGACCGCAACUCCGGCAUGGGGUUCCUGUACGACGCAGAGUUCGCGGUAGACUCCAACUGUCAUCCGGUUCCCUUGCAGAAGGCCGUCAGCGAUAACGACGUUCAUCGGAUAGCAGUUCUCGCGCUGGACUACCACGACAUGACGCGAAGGGUCCCGGUGGAAUUGGGCACCUUCAGGCUUUACACGCGCCUGUUGGAGCUCAAGGGGUUCAGAGUGCUCAAAGUCCCGUACACGGAAUACAACCCGAAGGACAAAUUGGUUUCGCGAGUGCAAUACGUCAAGAAACAGUUGAAGGAGCUGAUCGCUUCGUAGAGCCUGUGCGGACUUGGUUAAUUUGUGUGGAUGCGAUAUGUGAGAGUGAGAAAAUAGUAUUUCGACAAACAAUGACCGAAUUCCAUCGGGAUCGGUUCACGAUUACGAUUAUUUAUGUAUUUCAGGAAUUCCAUGAAUCAGUCGUGUGUCGUGAAUUUAUUUUAUUUCACCUUAAUCAUUCUUGUGUAAAUAACUUUGGGUCCAUUUCAAAUAAUAGCGAUCUAUUUAAUAAGAUUCACAAUCGUAAUUUUGUCUUUUUACUUUAACCAACUUUGUUGAUUAGGCACGUGUGAUAAUUGUACAGUGUAUGAAAGGACAGAAAUCGUACUAAGUAUUUUGUAUUUAUUUGUUAAUAACUUGUACGGUUACGUUAAUAAAUAGAUUUUA